AUGAGAAACAUGAAGUAUGAUCCAGAGGAACCAGAAUUGUUUAGGAUUGAGAGAAAUGAAAUGGAUCUGCAACCUAAUUUACCAAUGUUUCCAAAUAAUUUAAUUGAAGAGGUGCUUGCCAUGGAGGAUAAUGUAAUUGUGGACAUUGUUUUGGAAGAACUUCCAAUUCCAAGGGAUAUAAAUGAACCUGAAUUUCUAAAUGUCUUUUAUGAUUCACAACAACCUUGGAUAAGAAAGAAAACAAAAUCACGUAUAGUCAUUCCACCACCACCACCACCCAAAUCCUUGGAGGAUAUCCUUCAAGAGCUGAUGCUAGCACCGAUUGUUGCACCCGUUCCAGCUCCGAGACCACCCAUUCCGGCUCCGAGACAGCUAGCACCGAUUGUUGCACCCAUUCCGGCUCCGAGACAGCUAGCACCGAUUGUUGCACCCGUUCCAGCUCCGAGACCACCCAUUCUGGCUCCGAGACAGCUAGCACCGAUUAUUGCACCCAUUCCGGCUCCGAGACAGCUAGCACCGAUUGUUGCACCCGUUCCAGCUCCGAGACCACCCAUUCCGGCUCCGAGACAGCUAGCACCGAUUGUUGCACCCAUUCCGGCUCCGAGACAGCUAGCACCGAUUGUUGCACCCGUUCCAGCUCUGAGACCACCCAUUCCGGCUCCGAGACAGCUAGCACCGAUUGUUGCACCCAUUCCGGCUCCGAGACAGCUAGCACCGAUUGUUGCACCCGUUCCAGCUCCGAGACCACCCAUUCCGGCUCCGAGACAGCUAGCACCGAUUGUUGCACCCAUAUCGGCUCCGAGACAGCUAGCACCGAUUGUUGCACCCGUUCCAGCUCCGAGACCACCCAUUCCGGCUCCGAGACAGCUAGCACCGAUUGUUGCACCCAUUCCGGCUCCGAGACAGCUAGCACCGAUUGUUGCACCCGUUCCAGCUCCGAGACCACCCAUUCCGGCUCCGAGACAGCUAGCACCGAUUGUUGCACCCAUUCCGGCUCCGAGACAGCUAGCACCGAUUGUUGCACCCGUUCCAGCUCCGAGGCAAAUUGGACGACGCAUUGCGCAUGUAGCAGCAGGUGAUGCACCGGUUAGGUAUCUCAGGCAAGUAGCACAACGUGUUGCGCAAUCGUUACAUCCUAGUCCAAGACGUGCAGUCCUACUCCCUCCACGUCGUCUGCGUAUAACUCGACAGCAACGCUUAGUAAAGGCUAUGAAGAAUUUUGCAACAGCGUCCUCAAGAAAGCGGUAG